AUGCUGGCUGAAGAUGAGGGAUCCUAUCUCCUGAAGUCCGGCACCAGAAAACGACUGAGCGGCAAUGUGAAACAGCUCAGGCAGAUGUUUAGCGUCGAGAACAAGAUCUAUGAAGCUCGCACUCUGCGAGCUCGCUCUCUUCGACGCUACGGUGCUGACAUCAUUGAGAUUUACGCUGGCAUGGGCAACAUCACUGCAGAGGCUUUGGAACAGGGUUUGAGGGCUGUCCAACCAAUAGACGCAGUCCAUGGCAUUAGCUUAGAGAGCAGAGCAGAUUUUCAACAACUUCGGUGUUUUCUCAAGCAGCGGCGACCUUUUCUUACGGUUUGGGAAAUUCGAUGUGAUCCUUGGAGCAACAUCAACCACUUGAACUAUGACCAGGCACAACUCCAAGUCAUUCGUGACGAACAACGGUUGUCCCUGGAGGAGAUGCGGAUCACCAUCGAGGAAAUGAAGGCUGAAUUUGAUGGUCACUUUUUGCUUGAGAAUCCAUGGGGAACACCAUUUUGGCAACAACCUGACAUUAUGAAGAUCCAGCAGCUUCCAGGUGCGGAGCUCCGAAAAGGGUCUAUGUGCAGGUUUGGUUUGAGGGGACGUCAAGGCAAGCUUUUGCAGAAGAACACCGGCUGGUGUUCUGAUCUACCCCUCGUGCUUGAUGAAAUCUGCUUGACCUGCAACCACAACAACAGUGCCAUGCACGAACCAUGUUUGGGCGGCAACUCUAAGAGGGCUCAGGUCUAUACACGCCAGUUAGCCAAGGCGUUGAUUCAGGGCCUGAUGCAGUCUUUGAAGCAAUGCGGUGAUGAAAGGUGGAUGCAUCAUUUUGCAGAAGAUCAUCCUUCAACCUGGACUUGCGGUUUGGAUGUUUCUCAACCAUUUCAUGAUCAUCGAGUUUGGGCAACCAUGUGGGAUCCAACUAUGAGCAGUGCGAUGGGUUUUGAGGUCUACUAUGUGGACAUCAUAAGGAAUGAGGAAGUCUGGCGACCAAUCCUACAAGAAGUCCGACUGCGACUGGAAGGUAAGGUCUCCAACUCUGCCAUUGUCAAAAAGGGGACGGCGUUUUUUGAGCAGAUCCAAGCAUUAGUGCCCUGGACGAUCCAUCAAGCUCAGAUCGUCAAGUCUCCAAAAGUGCGCAGAUUACCUCAAAUCAUCAAUCAGCUUCCCAUCACUCAUCGAGCAGCCAUUCUGCAGCACACAGAUGGGAGAAUGACCUUCGAGACAGAGGAGGUCCAGAGCUUUGCCACCGGUGCUGCAGCCAAGUUUUCCAAUCCUGUGAGCUUUGGCAUCUUGGUCUACGGCGAGGCUCCUGCCACAAGUCAACCACUAGCUUUGGCAGACCAAGCCGGUCCUUCAGUUGUUCCAGUACCAGUGUUUGCACCGAGCACCGAAGCCACGACAGAACCAUCUCCAGAUGUCUCCAGGAGAUCUUCAACCACUGCGCCAACUGCUCCGUCAGCGGCUGUACCCCAAACUCCAGUGAUCUACUUGCCGCCUACUCCGGCUUUGCCAGCCAUACAAGAAGAAGAUGAGCCCAAUCCUACAAGAAGCGGCAGCAAGAUCACGACGGAGGGUGACACUAGCCUCUUGAAACUUGCUGAUGGUCCCUUGGCCCUUGAUGACCGACGUCAGUCGGCUUCCUCAGCACGAGCAGCUAGUUCACCACGUGGUCCCAGCCUGAAGAGGGAGACCACUAGCACUGAAAGCGAACUACCACCAGUUCGACAAGCCAAGUUGCCAGCUGAGCAGGGCACCAAGAGGAUUGCAGAAGAGCCAGUAGAAGCGCUAGCCAGACAAGAUAGACAGACACGCAUGCAAGAACCAGCAUCCGCAUCAGCCCAGCAUGUUUCACGUUUUUCAGUGUUUCCUUUGUACUGCAAAGAAUGCGGAACAAAGCCAGAUAUUUCUUCACCAGACGCAGUUCAAUGUGCACGAUGCUUUCACCAUGAAUUUGUGAACGACCCCAUUUUGGUGUCCAAUUGGUUCGACGAGGUUGAGGAGCGUGAUGCAAUGUCUCAACAGGGUCGUUUCCAUUAUGACAAGUACUACAAGAGGUGGAUAGACUAUGACCCAGCUCAUGUUGGCAGGCCUGAUCUGCCGAAGGAGCAUGAAAUCGAUGACCACCUUGAAGCAGAAACUUACAUUACUGGCGUGGGCCAGAUGUUCAAUGCCAUGCCGGAAAAGACCGACAACUCCAGCGCAGAGAUCUGGAGUGUGGCUGUCAAGGAUAAGGAAGAGAAGAACGAUUGGCAAUGGUGGCACGUCUUUGAGAACAUUGCCGUUCAUCCUGACAGUGUGCUGGGCAAUUUCCUCGACACUGCCCACAAAAAGAUCUUUUUGCGACAUGGCCAGCAUCACGAUCAUCAGGUGCGUGCUGGACAGCCUGACGAGCGACAUCACAAGAGACACGCCAGGCAUUGCUCUCACAUCACUGGCUGGGAUGGUAGCCCACCAGAACUCCAACCUGCUUUUCAACAUUCUGCGUUUGCCACAGCAUAUCAUGCGGCAUGUCAUGAAGUUGCACACGGUAGGUUGGAGGUUGACGAUGAGGUGAAGCGGGACAUGAUGAAUGAUCUUGAGUAUGACAAGCUGAUCUCCUUGGAUGAGAUCAAGCAUAACUAUCCCGUUGAGAAUGCCCAGGUGUUCACUACAAGCACAGAUGAGGUUCUUUUCAAUGCAGAUUCAAGCGAUGAUGAAAGCAGCCAGACUUCAGGGAGAGCCGCCAAACAAGCUCUCAAGAGAGAGAUUCCCUGGAAGACAAUCCCGAAACAGGAUUGGCCAAGUUUCAUCGAGGCGCUGAAAGAGGAGUGGCGCGAAUGGGAACUUUGGUCAAGCUGCAAGCCAGCGCUGGAUGAUGUCUCCAAUCAUCACCUUGGUGGAUUCACGAUGCGCUGA